CGCGACUCCAAAGGCCAAGCCAGCGGCUCGACGACCCGUAGACGGGCCGGACAGGAGAGUCGUGUUCAAGAGCACGUUGCAUAACCCGCUGCAACUUCAAUGGCCGCCGAUACCGGCUGUGUUGCAGACUAAGAUUCUAGAGAAGGCGUGUGAGAUGUUGGGAGAGGUCGCGUCUUACCACCUAGAUCGGCGCAGUAAGAGUGGGUCUAAGCAGAAAAAGAGGCGGAAGCCGGCUCUUCCUACGGAUAAGGGCAAGAUUCCUGUCGCUCGAAAGUCUGGAGAGGCCAAAGAUGCCGGAGCGGUUGGGGAGGAUGUCAUCCAAGGAGCGAAACGGAAACUGCAGGAGACCGAUGCUCAGGAGGAACCUCCAACAAAGCAACAGCGGCUGGAGCCACCUGAGCCUACAGUGACUGACAACCCCACUCUCCUGGUCGAAGUCCCACCCACUGAAGCUCAACCCCCACUCACAAGUCAGCCUAUACGAGAUGCACGAGAAGCAGUCCCUCCCCCGCCACUGCUGAAACAUCUUACUAUUGGGAUAAAUGAAGUCACCCGUCAGCUAGAAGCGGCAACACUCUCUCUCCGCGCACAGCUCUACCCUUCUCCAACUCCCUCUACCACUACCACUACCACUACCACUACCACGACUACCACCACCCUUCCCUCUACUUCCUCGGCCCUCCCUCCUACUUCCUCACCCCCAACCCCCCGUCUAAUCCUCGUCUGCAAACAAGAUCUCCUCCCGCCUCUCCUGGUCGCGCACCUCCCUCUCCUCGUAGCAGCAUACAACUCCCUCCUUCCCCCUUCCUCCCAACAGGGCGUGUACCUCGUCCAACUACACAAGCGCUCCGAGACGGCCCUUGCUGCUGCUGUGGGACUCAAGCGAGCAGCAGUCGUGUCGUUUACCUCCGACACUCCAGGACUGGAACCACUGAUCGAGGGGUUAGAGGAAAUGGGUGUAGGGGUGUUGACGGCUCCUUGGCUUGUGCCGCCCCCGGGGGGAGGGUAUAGACCGGUGGAGGUGAAGAUGUUGAGGACGACGGGGCCGAGAGAUAUGGCUCGGGCUAAGAGGGAGAGAGGGGAGAAGAGGGGGGAGGCGAGAGAGAGACGGAAGAAGGGGAAGGAGGGGAUGUUGGUGCGGGACGGGGAGGGGUGGGGAAGGGUGGGGGAGAAACAUACGGAUGGGGAUGGGGAGUUAAGGGUGGGAAAUGGACUGGGAAAUGAUGGGAAAGAAGUGUAGUGGGAUUGUGCUCUGAUCUAACGGCAACAGGUAGAUAUUACGAUUGCAUGACGUUCCCCAUCU